CUCUUCGCUUAAACAGGACGUUAUUUAGAUAAUCCGCUUGCAGAAACUAAAUAAAAAGCUCCAAACGCGGCUGGCACUUUAACAUGUACUCAAAUAAACUCGAAGGACCGCGUAGAGGACGAUCUUUUGACUCCAUGAACAUUGGCUUUGAAGAGAAGCUGCUGAACAAUGAGAUAAACAAAUCAACUUUCACAAAAAUUGAAGAAAACACUGAAAAGAAGAACACGCCAGAGAAAGGAAGAGCAACAAUCAUCUUUUCCCUCAAAAAUGAAGUGGGAGGACUUGUGAAGGCGCUCAAACUCUUCCAGGAAAACCAUGUCAACCUAGUACACAUAGAGUCCAGAAAAUCCAAAAGACGCAACUCUGAAUUUGAAAUUUUCGUGGACUGCGACAGCAACCACGAACAACUGAAUGAAAUCAUACAACUUCUUCGGAAGCAUGUGAACGUGGUGGACAUGGAGCCUCCAGAUAACUCCUGUCUACAAGAAGAAGAUAUGUAUAACGUACCCUGGUUCCCAAAGAAAAUUUCUGACUUGGACAAGUGUGCUAACCGUGUCCUGAUGUAUGGAUCUGAGUUGGAUGCUGACCAUCCGGGUUUCAAGGACAAUGUCUACCGCAAAAGGCGAAAGUACUUUGCUGAUCUCGCCAUGGCCUACAAACAUGGGGAUCCCAUUCCUCGUAUCGAGUUCACGGAGGAGGAAGUGAAGACUUGGGGGGUUGUGUACAGGGAGCUCAACAAGUUGUACCCCACCCAUGCGUGCCGGGAAUACUUGAAGAACCUGCCACUGCUGUCCAAAUACUGUGAAUGUCGGGAGGACAACAUCCCUCAGCUGGAAGACGUCUCACGCUUCCUCAGAGAGCGUACUGGCUUCACCAUCCGGCCUGUGGCAGGUUACUUGUCCCCACGGGACUUCCUUGCUGGUUUGGCCUUCCGUGUUUUCCACUGUACCCAGUAUGUGCGGCACAGCUCUGACCCCUUAUACACCCCAGAGCCGGACACAUGUCAUGAGCUGCUGGGUCAUGUCCCACUGCUAGCAGAGCCCAGCUUCGCCCAGUUCUCUCAGGAGAUCGGUCUCGCUUCGCUCGGGGCUUCAGAUGACUCCGUUCAGAAACUGGCCACAUGCUAUUUCUUCACGGUGGAGUUUGGCCUAUGCAAACAAGAAGGGCAGCUGCGAGCAUAUGGAGCCGGACUGCUGUCAUCCAUCAGCGAGCUUAAGCAUGCACUCUCUGGAAAUGCAAGGAUAAUGCCUUUUGACCCAAAAGUUACAUCCAAACAAGAAUGCAUCAUCACGACAUUUCAGGAUGUCUACUUUGUGUCGGACAGUUUUGAGGAAGCCAAAGUCAAGAUGAGGGAGUUUGCCAAGACCAUCAAGCGUCCCUUCACAGUGCGAUACAACCCCUACACCCAGAGCGUGGACGUGCUAAAAGACACUCCCAGCAUCAACAGCGUAGUGGAGGAGCUCCGGCACGAGCUCGAUAUUGUCGGUGACGCUCUGAGCCGGCUCAACAAACACCUGGGAGUCUGACGGUUCAGUUGAAGUCAUCCACCUACAGUCCACCAUUGCUCUCUGUGUCAUCCCCAGCGCCGCUGUAAAGAUAUUGCUUGUGUAUUGACCCUGUCAUUAAAAUGAAUGCACGACACUUUUUGGCAAAAUGCGCAGUUGUCUCCAUUGCAUGGUAUGUGGAUUAAACUAUAUUUACAGGUGCUUUAUGUAUGUUUAGCUGCUAAAAUCAGUAACUUUCAAAAACCCAAAGAGCUGCUUAAUCUAAGGCACGAUUUUGCUUCCGCUGUACUUCUCGACUGAUAUCCGUACCGCAAAAAAACAAUAAAUCAUGUGCUCCCAGCUGUUACAAACACAUAUGUGGUUUUCGUCCGCCUGUUGUUAACUCUGCCGUUGUAUAUGAUCAUGUGAAUUUUUUUUGUAAUUCAAUUUGUAAUUUCUUUCUUCUCCUUCACAUUUAAUCUUCCUCACUUCAGUGAUAUGUAUAAAAACGUACCUUGUUUGUAUUGUUUUUGGUGUAUGUAUCAUGUUCCUGUUUUUGUGUGCUGUUCGAGGGAAAUUGUGAAAGUGGAAACUUUAACUAACUAGUAUUAUAAGAAUGCUUUCAUGAUUGAUUCUGACCGAUUCGGCCCCUGUACGCAAUUUAUUUUACGGUGAUGAUUUUUGAAUACUUCCUCUUGAAGUGAAUAUAUAUAUAAAUGUAGUACUCCUGAAAUCAAAAUAUUAUUUUUCUACUGUAAAGAAAUAUAGACAUUAGGAGUAGAAUAUGUAUCAAACUAAAACUAAUUCAAAUAAAAACAUCCAUUGUGUCUUCAAA